AUGUGCACACCUGGCUACCUCACGACCUCCAGUGGCACCUCGCGACCUCCAGUGGCACCCCACGACCUCCAGUGGCACCCCACGACCUCCAGUGGCACCCCACGACCUCCAGUGGCACCCCACGACCUCCAGUGGCACCCCACGACCUCCAGUGGCACCCCACGACCUCCAGUGGCACCCCACGACCUCCAGUGGCACCUCACGACCUCCAGUGGCACCUCACGACCUCCAGUGGCACCUCACGACCUCCAGUGGCACCUCACGACCUCCAGUGGCACCUCGCGACCUCCAGUGGCACCUCGCGACCUCCAGUGGCACCUCGCGACCUCCAGUGGCACCUCGCGACCUCCAGUGGCACCUCGCGACCUCCAGUGGCACCUCGCGACCUCCAGUGGCACCCCGCGACCUCCAGUGGCACCCCACGACCUCCAGUGGCACCCCACGACCUCCAGUGGCACCCCACGACCUCCAGUGGCACCUCACGACCUCCAGUGGCACCCCACGACCUCCAGUGGCACCCCACGACCUCCAGUGGCACCCCACGACCUCCAGUGGCACCCCACGACCUCCAGUGGCACCCCACGACCUCCAGUGGCACCCCACGACCUCCAGUGGCACCUCGCGACCUCCAGUGGCACCUCGCGACCUCCAGUGGCACCUCGCGACCUCCAGUGGCACCUCGCGACCUCCAGUGGCGCCCCGCGACCUCCAGUGGCACCUCGCGACCUCCAGUGGCACCUCGCGACCUCCAGUGGCACCUCGCGACCUCCAGUGGCACCUCGCGACCUCCAGUGGCACCUCGCGACCUCCAGUGGCACCUCGCGACCUCCAGUGGCACCUCGCGACCUCCAGUGGCACCUCGCGACCUCCAGUGGCACCCCACGACCUCCAGUGGCACCCCACGACCUCCAGUGGCACCUCGCGACCUCCAGUGGCACCUCGCGACCUCCAGUGGCACCUCACGACCUCCCCGCCCCUCCUCCACCUAUCCUUAUUUGA